CAGGAGUCAGAGGAGCUGCAACGCUUUCUGUCUGGAUUUAAGCAUGGGCCGCACGUUGCUCUGUGUGCCGGGUGUUGUACUUCUCGGUGUACUCCUCUGCCGUGGAAACCCGACAGAUAAAACGAGGCCUGUCCUGACUGUGUCUCCAUCAUGGCUGAGUCCCGGAGCCUCAGUGACGCUGAACUGUGAGGUUAAGCCUUCUUCAGCAGGAUGGAGGUUCUACUGGUACAAAGCUGUUCCUGAAGCCUCCCAGGACAAAUACAAAUACGAGCUGGUGCCCGGCAGCGCCGGCGGGACCAAAAACGACCACUACAAAAUUAAUGGACAGAAACACACGGCAGGAUACGCAUGCAGAGCUGGACGAGGAACCCCGGAGCUUUUCACUCAGUACAGCGAACCGAAGCUUGUCUGGUCAGGAGCUUCUCACCCAGCAGCGUCUCUCACACUGAGUCCGAUGAAAAUAAAGCACUACACCGUCGAUGAAAUCCAACUGACGUGUAGCGGAAACUCUGCUGUCUGGAAAGUGAGGCGGUUCAGGCAGUACUACCCGUCGGACGCAUCGGACUGCUCCGCCUGGGGGAAAAUGACUGGACCCACGUGCAGCUUCAGCAGUCGCUGGUACCAGAAGGCGGUGUACUGGUGCGAGUCUGGAUCCGGAGAGUUCAGCAACGCAGUCAACGUCACUAUACACCCACCGAGGGCAGUCCUGACUGUGUCUCCAUUAUGGCUGAGUCCCAAAGCCCCGAUAACUCUGAGCUGUCAGGUGGAACCUCCGUCGACAUUAUGGAGGUACUACUGGUACAGAGCCGUUCCCGACCAGUCGAAGUACAGCUACAGAUACGACCCACUGCGCGGUACUCAUAAAGGGACUGCAACCAACUCGUACGCCACUCAGGGACAGAAGCACACAGCAGGAUACACAUGCAGAGCUGGAAGAGGAGACCCGGAGAUCUUCACUGAUUACAGUAAAAUCACACUGAGCUGGUCCGCAGAAUCUCAUCCGGCAGCUUCUCUCACGGUGAGUCCUACCAGGGAGAAACUUUUCACGGGCGAUGAAGUCCAGCUGAAGUGCAGCGGGAGCCCCGGCUCCUGGAGAGUGAGGAGGUUCAGACAGUCGUCCUACAACUCGGACGUGUCCGACUGCUUCAGCUGGGGCACCAUGUCCGGCUCCUUGUGUACCUUCCGCAGUCGCUGGCAGCAAACCGCCGUGUACUGGUGCGAGUCUGGAUCGGGACAGCUGAGCAACGCGAUCAACAUCACCAUACACGCCGCACCGAAGGCUGUCCUGACUGUGUCUAUGCAAUGGGCGAGUCCUGGAGCCUCGGUGACUCUGAGCUGUGAGGUUAAGCCUUCGUCACCAGGAUGGAAGUUCUACUGGUACAAAGCUGUUCCUGAACAGCCCGACACCUACAAAUACCUCCCACUGAAUGAGGGAACCCAUGACACGCUACAGGACUCCUACGUCGUCCAUGAUCAGAAACACACGGCAGGGUACGCAUGUAGAGCCGGAUGGGGAGUCCCAGAGUAUUUCACCAAUUACAGCGAGCCAAAGAUCGUCUGGUCUGCAGAUUCUCACCCGUCAGCAGCUCUCACGGUGAGUCCUGCCAGAGACAACCUUUACACUGUCGAUGAAGUCCAGCUGACAUGCACAGGAAGCUCUGGGGUCUGGAGAGUGAGGCGGUUCAGACCGUACUACCAGUCAGAUGUAUCGGACUGCUCCGUCUGGGGGACAAUGACUGAAUCCUCGUGCAUCUUCAGCAGUCCCCAGUACCACAAAGGAGUGUACUGGUGUGAGUCUGGAUCAGGAGAGUUCAGCAAUGCAGUCAACAUCACAAUACACGCUACGCCGAAGCCAGUCCUGACUGUGUCUACAUCGUGGCUGAGUCCUGGAGCCUCAGUGACUCUGAGCUGCGACAUUAAACCCGCAUCUGCAGAAUGGAGGUUCUACUGGAACAAAGCCGUUCCCGAUCUGCCGCAGAACAAGUACAGAUACGAGCUGCUGUCUGACAGCGUCAGCGGGACCGCUCAGGCGUCCUACGUCGUCCACGGAGAGACGCACACGGCUGUGUACGCCUGCAGGGCUGGAAGAGAAAAAGGGCAGUAUUUCACCGAUUACAGUGAACCAAAGUUUGUCUGGUCCGCAGAUUCUAACCCAGCAGCGUCUCUCACAGUGAGUCCUGACAGAGACAAACUUUACAUCGUUGACGACAUCCAGCUGAAAUGUACAGGCAGCUCUGGUGACUGGAGAGUGAGGCGGUUUAGACAAUCAUACUACAAGGCAGAUUUAUCGGACUGCUCCAGCUGGGGAACAAUGGCCGGACCCUUGUGCACCUUUAGCAAUCCCGUCUACCGCAGAGCAGUGUACUGGUGUGAGUCUGGAUCUGGACAGUUCAGCAAUGCGGUCAACAUCACUGUAGAAUCUGCACCAAAGCCCCAGCUGACUGUGUCUCCAUCAUGGCUGAGUCCUGGAGUCUCGGUGACUCUAAUCUGUGAGGUUAAACCUUCUUCUACGGGAUGGAGGUUCUACUGGUACAAAGCUGUUCCUCAUCUCUCAAAGAAGAGCUACAAAUAUGAUCCACUGCCUGACGUUACCGCAGGGACUGUAGAGAACGUCUACAUCGUCUAUGGACAGACGCACACAGCAGGAUACGUAUGCAGAGGUGGAAAACAAAACCCAGAGCUUUUCACCGAGUACAGUGAACCAAAGAUUGUCUGGUCUGCAGCUUCCAAUCCGGAAGCGUCUCUCACCGUGAGUCCCGAGAGAAAGAAACUUUUCACCAAUGAGAAAAUCCAACUGAUCUGCACGGGACGCUUGGCUGACUGGAGAGUGAGGAGGUUUCGACAAUCGUACUACCAGUCGGACUCGUCCAACUGCACCGUCUGGGGGAAGAUGACCGGCUCCUCGUGCACCUUCACAAGUCCAGAGAGCGACGAAGCGGUGUACUGGUGUGAGUCCGGAUCGGGAGAGUUCAGCAAUGCGGUCAACAUCACUUUAAAACCUGCACCAAGGCCCCAGCUGACUGUGUCUCCAUCAUGGCCGAGUCCUGGCGACUCAGUGACUCUGAGCUGUGAGGCUGAACCUCCAUCAGCAGGAUGGAGGUUCUACUGGUAUAAAGCUGUUCCAGAUCUAUCUAAUGGCUACACAUAUGAUCUGCUGGCCGAUAGCAUUAAGGGGACUGUGCAGGACUUCUAUGUCGUUCACGGUCAGACACACACAGCGGGGUACGCAUGCAGAGCUGGAGUCGGAAACCCACAGAUCUUCACCAAUUACAGUGAGCCAAAGAUCGUCUGGUCAGCAGAUUCUCACCCAGCAGCGUCUCUCGCAGUGAGUCCUGACAGAGAAAAAUUUUACAUCGUUGACGACAUCCAGCUGAAAUGUACAGGACGCUCUGCUGACUGGAGAGUGAGGCGGUUUAGCUAUUCACACGACCAGUCAGACUCAUCCGACUGCUCCAGCUGGGGAACAAUGACUGGAUCCUCGUGUACCUUCAGCAGUCCUGAGCAGCGCAGAGCAGUGUACUGGUGUGAGUCUGGAUCAGGAGAGUUCAGCAAUGCGGUCAACAUCACUGUAAACUAUGCACCAAAGCCCACACUGUUUGUGUCUCCAUCAUGGCCGAGUCCUGGAGCCUCAGUGACUCUAAGAUGUGAAGUUGAACCUCCAUCUGCGGAAUGGAGGUUCUACUGGUAUAAAGCUGUUCCUGAUCUUUCACAGAACAACUACACACAUGAUCCACUGUCUGACGUUACCGUAGGGACUGUAGAGAACGUCUACAUCGUCUUUGGACAGAAAAACACAGCAGGAUUUUCAUGUAGAGCCGGAAAACAAAACCCUGAGUAUUUCACUGCUUACAGUGAGCCAAGGUUUGUCUGGUCUGCAGAUUCUAACCCAGCAGCGUCUCUCACAGUGAGUCCUGACAGAGACAAACUUUACGUCGUUGACGACAUCCAGCUGAAAUGUACAGGAAGCUCUGCUGACUGGAGAGUGAGGCGGUUUAGACAAUCAUACGACCAGUCAGACGUAUCAGACUGCUCCAGCUGGGGAACAAUGACCAGAUCCUCGUGUAUGUUCAGCGAUCUCCAGUACAGCGUAGCUCUGUACUGGUGUGAGUCUGGAUCAGGAGAGUUCAGCAACGCAGUCAACAUCACCAUAAACUUUGUACAAACGCCCCGACUGACUGUGUCUCCGUCGUGGCUGAGUCCCGACGCCGCGGUGACUCUGCGCUGCGAGGUGGAGCCUCAGUCUGCAGGAAGGAGGUUCUACUGGUACAAAGCUGCUCCUGAUUUGUCGCAGAUUAAAUUCAAAUAUGAUUUGCUGCCUGACAGUGUCGAUGGGACAGUAGAGAACUCCUUCGUCAUUCACGAACAGAAACACACAGCAGGAUACGCGUGUAUAGCCGGAUGGGAAAACGUAGAGUAUUCCACUAAUUACAGUGAACCACAGUUUGUCUGGUCAGCUGAUGCUCACCCAGCAGCGUCUCUCACAGUGAGUCCCGUCAGAGAAAAACUUUUCACUUUCGACGAAGUCCAUCUGUCCUGCACAGGAAGCUCUGCUGAGUGGAGAGUGAAGAGGCUCACAGAAUCGUCCUACUCGGACUGCUCCAUCUGGGGGAUAAUGAUCGGAUCCCUGUGCAGCUUCAGCAGCCGCUGGUUCCAUAAAGCAGUGUACUGGUGUGAGUCUGGAUCCGGAGAGUUCAGCAACGCAGUGAACAUCACUAUACACCUUGCACCGAUGCUUCACCUGACUGUGUCUCCAUCAUGGCUGAGUCACGGAGCCUCAGUGAACCUGAACUGUGAGGUGGAUCCUCCGUCCGAAGGAUAUAGGUUCUACUGGUACGAAGCUGUUCCUGAUCUAUCAAGAAAUGGCUACAGAUAUGAGCUACUGCCUGAUAACGUCAACGGGACGAGGCAGGACUCCCUCGUCAUUCAUGGACAGAGGCACACAGCAGGAUAUGCAUGUAGGGUGGGAUAUGGAAACCCAGAGUUUCUCUCUCGAUACAGUGAACCAAAGUUUGUCUGUUCUCCAGUCUCCCGUCCAGCAGCUUCUCUCUCAGUGAGUCCUGACAGAGAGCAACACUUCACCUCUGAGUCUGUGACUCUGAACUGUGGAGGAAACUCUACUGAGUGGAGAGUGAUGGUGACGAGUGAAUUAAGCUUCUCAUCGUACACCGACUCCUGCUCCACCUGGGGGGCAAUGAAUGGAUCCUUGUGUACCUUCAGCAGUCCUCAGUACUCUAAAGCAACGUUGUGGUGCGAGUCUGAAUCAGGAGAGCUCAGCAACGCAGUCAACCUCACUGUACAAGAUGAAGAUCUUCUCCUGGUGAGCCCCGUCCAUCCUGUGACUGAAGGAGCUUCUGUUACUCUGAGCUGCAUAACGAGAGAAGAAAACAAACUUUCUAAUGUGACUUUCUAUCACAACAACAAACUGAGACAAAAUGACGACAGAGGAGAGCUGAAUAUCUCUGCAGUGUCUCAGUCAGAUGAAGGUUUCUACAAGUGUGAACAUUCAGGAAAAGUUUCUUCACAGAGCUGGGUGGCUGUUGAAGCUGUUUUAAAACAGAGCAGCUCUUCAUUUCCUGUAAUGUGGGCCGUCGGACCGGUUUGUGGAAUCGUCCUUGUUGUUCUCCUGCUGCUUCUGAUUCGCUUCAUAAGGUUCAAAGGCACUUCCUACUUCUACGACUUAGUGAGACCCACUAAAGAACCUGAAAACGAUCCAAAGAAAGGUCAAAGCAUCUCCUACUCUCUCCUAAACUUUAAAAACACUGGAAACAUGAGGUGCUAUCUGGAACCAGAUGACAGCCCUGUCAAUUAUGACUUGAGAGUAGGAGCUGCAGGAAGGUCCAGUUCAGCAGCAGCCAACGCAGCCGUUUACUCUGAAGUGAAAUCGGACUCUGGAUAUUGAUGAUGCUGUUUGGACUGAAUACUAGAGGGGUUUGUUCCAAAAGACAGCUUUAGAUAUAUAUUUUCAUAUGUACUUAAGUGAGUUAUGAUCCGGAUAUUGAAAUAUUUAAUUCAAGAUUGGUUCGAGAAAGCAAUGUAAUAUUCCAAUGUGAAACAAAACGCCUCCCAGUCAUGGAGAAAAUAACAAAGACAAAAAUACAGGAUAUGGUAAAAUGUACCUUAUUUCAAGAUGAAAUCAGAAAUAGGUGCAUUUAUCAUUUAUCCACAUUGGACUAUAAAAUAAAAAACUAAACCCGACGUAAAAAGGAGCGGAUUUACAGAUUAGGAAUGUUAUUUUACAAAGGGAGAGAUUGAGGUUUACAUUCUGGCUGUAUAGUUUUAAGUGACCACAGGGCAACAAAAACAAAUGUAUAUCACAACAUGGGCCAGUGGAGGCUUCUGAUAUGGGUGACACGGGCAACCGCCCAGGGUGGCAUCUUCUAGGGGGCAGCCUAUGCUCUGCCAACCCUUGCGGUGUCCCCCGCUCUCACAAUCGAGGGAUCUGAAUAAAGCACCUUCACCCCCAACUUGAUAGACUGACGAAUAUGCCUAGUUUGUUUACGUAACGGCAUAGUGAAAGGGUGAGGGGUUACUGUGGUCGCACAUGUUUCCGAGUUAAUCAGAAACAUGAUAAAGAGAGGAAGUCCCAGAUUGUAUAACUGCAUAACAUAAAAAGAGCAGUAACAGUGGGACUUUAACAAUGACUUUGAAGAACGACGUCUUCCUGAUGCUUGAAGAGUCAUUACACGUGGAAGGAAUAUUUACCGACUAGAGCAACAAGCAGGUGCAGCUCAAGUAAUGAUGAUGGGUUUGUUGCACAAGCCUGGGUGUAAAAAUGUCGAGCGUUUGGUUUUUCGUAACCACCUGCUGACAUGUCACGAGUUAGUGGAUUUCUGAACUUCCUGCCGAGUAGUGUCGAGCGACGGCCUCAGUCUGUGUUGCCAUGGACGACCGAGCCGUCACCGUCCAUGAUGGCUCAGCCUUUAAUGAAAAGGCUAAAGAUUGAUGAGAUGAAUGUUUCAUAAUGCACAUUUUGAAGCCAAUCUAUUAUGUUUACUUGUUGACCAGAUGUGUUAUGUUAUAAGAUAUUAAGUGGAAGGAAAUCUUUGUAUUGUGAUGAUUACUGAAGGCCGUUCCUGCUGUCACGGUUAAGUUAUAUCAAAUGAUUCUUUGCUGUUUCUUGGCUCUGACUUGCUAAUCACAUAAUGUUAAGUGAAAAUAAUUUUUUUUAUAUCUGUAAUGAAAAUUUGAGUUUGUGGUGAUUUUCACAUCGGCAAUAAAAACUUGAAUCUGUGAAA